GCGGUACGCCAUGGCCGACCAGGACGAAUCUGCUAAACUCUGGAAGGUCAACCGCACUAUCCACGAGCUCGUCAAGGACAGAGGAUUCCAAGUAUCCGAUGAUGAAAUAAAUAUGGACUUGGCGACGUUCCGGAGCCACUAUGCUAGCCAGAUGGGCAGUGUGGACCGCACACAACUCAAUUUCUUCACGAACCACCGAAAUAACCCAAUGACCCACAUCUUCAUAUUCUUCUCGGAGGAGAAGAGUGUUGGCGUGAAGACAAUGCGGAAGAUGUUGCAUAUUCUGGAAGAGAAGAACAUACAACAAGGCAUCAUGGUCUAUCCGGGGAGCAUGACGCCGUCGGCACGAAAGGUUAUUGCGGCUAUGGCGUCUCAGUACAGGCUGGAGGAAUUUUCAGAAGCGGAUCUCCUCGUCAACAUCACACACCACACGCUCGUACCAAAACAUGAGGUCCUCACGCCAGAUGAGAAGAAAGAGCUCCUCGAAACUUACCGGCUAAAGGAGACACAACUUCCGCGCAUCCAGCUGAUGGACCCAGUCGCCCGAUACUAUGGCCUCAAGCGAGGUAAUGUUGUCAAAAUCACAAGACCUAGUGAGACAGCUGGACGCUAUGCCAGCUACCGCAUAUGCUUUUGAUCUAUCAUAAUUGGGUCCGUUGCGGACAGGAUUACUUGGAUCCGCUCACGGCCCGCCCUGUUGUCCUUGUUGUACUUCUUUUGUCAUGCUCUAUCAGGUCUUUCCCUUGCGAUCUCACAAUGUCCAUCGUCUGCAUUGUAUCUGACGUUUUCGAGAACCCGUCAGCGAUGUCAAUUGUCUGGCCGUUGCUGUCAC